AGAAGUUAUUUUCGCCUAGAUCAUCGAACUGCGUGGACGACGACCACGCAAUCAGAACUGGAUUUGGGUACCAAUAUCUUUUUAUAAUAUUGCUUGGCAACGAUCCUAUCUAAGAAUAAAACACAGCCACGUCAGUGUGAAUUUAGCCACUACAAAAAGCAUUCCUGUGGGUUGUCCUAAAUGUUAGGAAGGCUCUUGGAGAGGGCUGCAGAAAGCAACCGGAAGUGAUCACCGCAGCAUCUCAUAACGUGUAAUCGCCGGUGGCGGAGUCCAGUGUCGCUCUGUUUGUUCACGUUAAAUCGUGAAAGUUUAACAAUGCAAGGCUUAGCUGCGACACAACUAGUAGUUAGUCUGAAUGCGAGCGGACAUAGCUGCGAACAAAGGCGUUGGUUUGCACAAGAAGCGCCAUCCCUCUAGCGUUACCUGUUUGGUGGGAUUGUUUUAGUCAUGGACGGUGCGGGACAGCGCGUCGCACACUUGGACGCCAAACAUAUCGAUACAAGGUCCGAGUUAUAGUUUAUUCAUGUCAUUAGUUUGGAAUGCCAAAAAUACUGUCCGCAACCUGGGUGAAGCAGAAUGUCACCGCGAUUGGAUUUAAUUGGACACACUGAGCGUCGGCUGAACUGAGGCGCUGUUGUUGGUGCAGAUUACGCGCUGCGACUUUUCAGUGGGAAUAACAAUUUCAAGGCGAUAAGCGACCGUGCGACACAUCCGAUGGACUAUCGGAAGAAGAAGAGGUUGACUUACUUCACCAUUGGACUCAUCUUCCUCUUCAGUGGCAUUGAGUAUGCCGUGAUAUUACCCACGAUAUGGAAGUACCUGCAGACACUGGAUGCGGCCCCCUACUUCCUGGGUCUGGCCCUAUCAGCGUUCAGCCUGAGCGGCCUGCUCUCUGGGCCCUUGUUUGGCCACCUGUCCGACAAGACGCGGACCACCAAGAAGAUCAUCCUGUUCGCCAAUUGCUUCGAGAUUAUUGGUAACUUCAUGUACUUCAUGGGCUUCUCCAAGUGGCUUCUGCUGGCAAGCCGUCUGGUGGCAGGGGUCGGCACGGGGGCCGGGUCGGCCAUCUUUGGUUUCCUCAGCAGAAGCACCGCUCCAGAGGACCGCGCCUCAGUGUUCGCCGCCGCCAUGGCAUGUCGGCAAGCGGGCCUUCUCAUUGGUCCUGCCUUCAACCUGUUCCUGCGGUUGUGUGACUUCAAAAUCGGUCCCUUCGUGGUCAAUAAAUUCACUGCACCUGGGCUCUUCAUGUGCCUGAUGUGGAUCCUGCUCCAGCUGGCCGUGGUCUUCAUGUACUGGGACCUCCCGCCCCAAGAGAAGGGGGGGCCCGCGAAGGGCGUGGCGAGCGGCGCCCGGGAGGACGUGGAAGGCGAGACGCGGCGGGGGCGGGGACCGUCGUUGCCGGGGCAACCGGAAGAGGGGUCCCAGGAGGAGGAGGAGGAGGAGGAGACGGACGAGAGCAAGCCGCUGAUGACGUCCAAUGAGCUGCAGGGGUCGUACGGAGCGGUGGUCACCCCCGACCCGGCCGGGGGCCCCGUUACCAACGGCGACCUCGCUCGCCCGUCCGAGUCCCCGGAGCCGGAGGAGUCGGCCGGACCCUUCUCGAGGUUCAACCUCAGCAGAGAGUUUCUGAGGGAAGAGGUGAUCGUUCUGCUGGCUGCUCAGUUCAUCACUCUAUUCAAUCAGACAGCACUGGAGACCAUGGUCACCCCGCUGACCCAGAAGUACUUUGACUUCGGCGAGCUGGAGAACAGCGUGAUGUACUGCGUGUGUGGCGUGGAGGUGAUCGCCGGCUUCCUGUUUGUGCACUGGCUGAGCCGGCGCGCCAAGGAGCGAGUGGUGCUAGCCGUGGGCCUGGCCAUCUGCAACAUCAGCUCCGUCUGGUGCCUCAUCUUCCUGGCCAACCCCAUCGGUGAUUUCCCCUAUCAGCUGACGGAGUUUAUCAUCGGCGUGUUCCUGCAGGUCCUGGGCUUGCCCUUCGUUGCAGUGGCCCAAGUGUCUCUCUUCUCCAAAGUCACGUCUGAAAAAACACAAGGUUUCAGCCAGGGGGUCCGGCGCUCAGUGGGGGGUCUAGCCACCAUCCUGGGGCCCCUUUGGGCCGGGGGUCUCACUGAGAACAUGUACAUCAUGCUUGGUGUCAUCAUGGCUCUGUUGCUGCUGCUGACGAUCAUGAUGGGGUUCUCCUAUGACCGGCUGGUGCAUCCCGCUGCUACUGAGCAUGCUGAAGAUAACAGUGACGAGCAUGAAUAAACCUGCUGUUGGGAGCCACCAGGUUCUGAGGCUUCUGUGGGCGUAGCGCUGAGCGAUCGCACGUCCCCCAGCUAGCCGGCCGCAGCCCCCUGGAAGCCUGUCCCUAGCAACACCAGUGAUGUGUUUAUAUUUCCCAUGGAAAUAUACAGCCCCUAGCAGGCGCCGCCCGCAAUCUGCAAAUUAGGUAUCUCUCCCCCCCCCCACACUCCUACAUUAGGUUUUUUGUGUGCGUGUUACAGAACUAUUCUGAUGACAUGAUUCAAAAUGCCGGUCCGUCAAUUGUUAGGUCAGCUCCAUGUUUACUUGUCGCUUAUAUAAACCAGGAUAAAUGUUACAAGAUCGAUGUGCCGAGACUUUCCAUUCCAUAAACCUUGUGAAUUCUCCAGUUUGACAAUCUAAAAUAUGCACGCACUGAAGAGGCUUCGCUCUAGGUGGGUCGUGGUGGAGCAGUAUCGCCAUUCGAUCAAAGGGCCGAACUGACAAGUUCCAACUACUAUUUAUUAUUCUAUAUUAUAAUAUUUGCUUCAUAGCUAGGGUAGGACGUUUGGUGAAACUAAUCAUUCAGCCAAAUUGGACGUGCUUAUAACUGCGACAGCCACAAACAAUGUCUUUUUUUCAGACCAUUUGGUUUAUUGAUUAAUGUUUACAGAUUUUCAACAAAUAUGACAAAAAAAACAUUUCAAAUAAAUGGCCUAGUUUAGCUGUUGCAUGGGGCUGUCGUCUGUGGGUGAGAUCAAUACCUUGAAUAAACACUACUUGUGUGAUCGUUGCUGUGAAGGUUCUCAAUAAUGCUGUUCUAGUCCUGAACACUAGGGGGUGUCCUUGCUCUUCUUUAAACAGACUGCAACGUAACGCGCAGACUGUUGGGUUGUCAAGACUUCUUUGGUGAAAGCAGCAUUCUUCUAAUAAUUGGAAAAAAAUGACCACCGAUAAAUUUGUGGUUGGAAGUGACUCAUUUCCACCGGUUGUAAUUCAAAGAGACAGAGGCAUUUAAUCAAAACAUUUGUAAGUCUACCUCCAUAUGUCCUGUGCACAUGUUUCAUUUUCUCAUUGUUUUCAUUAUGUUACUAUUUUAUUAUUUAUUUUGAGAUUCGUAAAUGGUUUAGUUCUGAAUAGUUAAGUACUAUUCCUGUCUUGCCAUUGCAUAACAUUGCAUUUGGUAUUUAUAAUUAUUUUGUAUUCAAACUGCCAAUACAUUUUGUCCUGUUACUCCCCUGUUUGUAUUGAAUAUACAUAGAAAAAAAUAAAAUUAAAGCAAUAACCGUCAUA